UCAAUCAGGGACAUGACGUCACGUUCGCUCACAUUUCAGCGUCUGCUGUACCACCUGUAGCCGCACAUAAUCCACAUCAGUGUGUUUUAGUGUUACUUCUAUAAUGCACGGAGUCACGUGUCUUGGAACCUUAACCUAACGCUUUUGUAAUUGUUUCUAGGCGGGGACAAUGUUCAGCAGCUUUUUGACUCGACGGCGGAGGAUUUCCAGGAAGUAAUUGACCUUGUUGAUAUGGCCAGAAAGCCAUUUCACGUCAAGAGACUAAAGAAAGCACUGGGCCAGUGGACAGGACAGUCAGUCGCGGUAGCGUCCAGUGCGACCGACGAAUCAGAAGGGGAACUGCACAAAUUACUUCGAGGAGCGGAUCUUCUCUCCUACCACGACAAGUUCAUCGAACAAGGCGCAGACAGUGUGCAGCAGCUUUGUGACUCAACCGACGAAGAGUUCCAGACACUCGCCGAGCACGUAGGCAUGGCCAGAAAGCCCCUUCACGUGAAAAGAUUGAAGAACGCACUCAAACAGUGGUCAUGCCAUGCAGCCGUAAUGACGUCCAUUCCUUCAAGCGAGUCGGAGCGUGAAAUUCACGAACUGCUUCAGCGAGCGGAUCUCCUCGCCUACUACGACAAGUUCAUCGAGAAAGGCGUAGACAAUGUGCAGCAGCUUUUUGACUUGACGAAAGAAGAGUUCCAGGAGUUGAUGGAUCUUGUUGGCAUGGCCGGAUUCCCUUUUCACGUGAUGAGCUUCAAGAAGGAACUGGAACAGUACACAGGGCAUCCAGGAACUGAUCCGGCAGCUCAAUUUCAUCUCCACAUGGAAAGGUCGCAACAGUGGAAAGACGUCAGGAAGGAAAUGCACGAAGCUAUUGCGGCCAAAGACGAGGCUGGUGUUCGAAAGUGCCUGGAUGCCGCGCCUGCAUUGAAACUGUGGUUGGACCCUGUGAAAGAUAAGUCAGCUCUUUACAAAGCAGUCGAAGAGAAAGCUUUGCGUAUUCAUGGUCUCUUAAUCUCGCGCGAAUGCGCCCUCAAAGACGACGAAGACUCAUCGUGUUACGAAGGUCUCACACAUGUUGAACGAGCUGAAAUUCGUCGGCAACAAUAUUACACCACCAAAUACGAGGACUCUUACAUCGACUAUCUGAAAAGCAAAUCCCGGAGCGCCAGCGGAUGUGAUGACUUCGGUGUACGAUUGGAGAAGACGUUUAAGCAGCUCUGCAGUGAUGAAGUAAACAAGAGUAUCCUGAAAGUUGUUGCAACAGCACCACACCUAGAUAUAGUGUUCGACUCUGUGGCUAAAAACGUUAAGAGGAUUACUGGAUCCGGCGGGUGUUCCACACGCGGUCUGACCUAUCAUGAAGAAGAAAGGGUUUACGUCUGCGGCAGCACAGAGAAGCGAGAAGUUUGGGGAACUCUCAUUCAUGAGUUGUCCCACAUGGCACUGACCUUAGUUUACAAGAAUGAGGGAAAGCCAUAUAACUGCGGCGACAAGGAGAAGGAACAUCAUUACCAAGAAAUUCUGAACGAUGUUAAAGGAAGGAAAAAUAAUGUGCAUUUCCUUAUCCAGAAAGCCUUCGACAAUAAUGAGGAAGAAGAGCUAAUUGUACGGAUUCCUCACAUACUGACGGAAUGUGACGAAGGAAAUAGGAUUCUGGAGCUUCAAGCGCCGAAACUACUAAAGUUUUUCAAGGACACUGUCAUGCCAGACAUGCAGAGAUACAUUAUGAAUGGAAUCCCGUCCAUAGAUUCAACGGAAAUCGAAAAAGAGAACAUAAGACUUGGAAAAGCUUCCCAUGUUGGCCAAUUCAAAGUCAAUUUCGAGAAGCCGCUGGACCUGCGUGACCUGCAAAAUAUGCCUCUUCUCGUCCUUGCGGGUCCAGAAUUGAGACUCCUCGAAAUAAUGGUUUACAACACUGUGCAAUCCACGGGGCAGCCAUACUUGUUUUUCGAAGCAAACCAAAUGGACGAUACGCUAAAGCAUGUGUUAGUGAACUACAAAUGUGGAUUUGUGCUUGUAACUGUUUAUCCAAACAAAAACGUCCAAGAUGUUAUUGCACUUCUGAGUGAAGUAUCCCGUGUGACUGGAACAAACGUCAUCUUCCUUGUGGAAGACAGCGGCAAAUCUUCCUUGUUGGAGCAAGUGCAAGGAGACGCAUUCUUUGCCGCUGGACUUGUAGUGCAUAACAUCCUUGAAGCCAGUUUGGAGCAUGUUUCGAAUAGCUGCAAAAAAGAAGUUUUCGAAAAAUCUCGCGUAGAACUUCAGGGAACUUAUGUUUCUUUUUUUCCUGAAGCAAUGAAUAUGGACACCUUCUCAUGUUGUGUAGACACUUCGGUUUUCCUAAACCUCUGUGAGCAUAAAAACAUUAACCUGGGACCUCCGCUUCAUGAACUCGAAGAAUGUGUUCAGAACUGUUAUGUGGAGCGAGUGUUUACAAGGGCCGUGAAAAUUGACCUCAAAAAGUGCAGAAUGGACGACGAGAAUGAGGCUUUCGCACUUUUGGGGUGUCUGCAUGGUUGUGCUGCAAAACUUGUACCUGAUGGCUACGAGGCAAAACAUCAGAAAAAUUUAAUGCAGUUUGAAAAAUUUGUGAUCCUUAAGGAACCAUGUGACUAUGAAGCUCUCCUGAAAAAUGGUAAUUACCAAGGGAAGGUAGUGCAUCUGUUGCGGACCAACAAAUCCGGUAACGAAGUGCUGUGGACUAAAUCAAAUGGUCGUCUCAGUCACCUUCCAGCGACGGGAAGUGACGAUUAUACCACGGAGGUGUUGUUGAAGGUGCCCGAGAAGGUCGUCGUCGUCUCUGGUACUCCUGGUAAAACUCAAGACGAGAAGCGGUGGGUGCUCUACGUCGACCUUCCUCGGAGAAUGAAAUUAGUGAAAACUGCGUCUCCUAGUCUGAAAUAUCUAGCGGAUCUGUGCCAAGUACAGAAAGAUGGGCUGGAGUUCGUCUUGUUCGAAGAAAGCUUGAACAAUGGGAGCCCUUUCAAGGUCGUUGUCAUGUUGGAUGGCUUCGAUGAAGUAACCGAAGAAUGUCGAGAGUGUGUGGGGGAACUUGUACAGUUUCUAGCUGAGAGAGAAGUUUACAAGGUGUACAUUUUUACUCGCACUGUGUUUAAGCGUGAUGUACAAGAUGCCUUGCACACGGUGUCAUAUGAUCUCGUUCCCUUUUCUGUACAGAACCAGAAUGAUUUUCUCACAAAAUGUAGGGUCCAAACAGAAACUUCAGCGACCAGGAAUGACGCAUUUGCGGCAAAAUUCCAGCAACUGUACGCGACAUUGAAAGAGAAAAACAAGACAAUCCUGGAAACCCCUCUCCUACUUCGCAUGAUGGCACAGAUGGAGAGCGGGGAAAUUACGGAGUCGCACGAUUACUCUUCGCUGCUUAAUAUUGCUGACAUUUGUGGCGGCAGUAUAUACACUGUACACAUCUACAAGAUGUUUGUCGAGUACAAGCAUCUUGUGCACCGAAAAGAAAAGUUGAAGGAAGACAUCGUCCUACGUGCCACGCGAGGGGAGCACGAAGCAGCGCAGUCUUCAUUCUACACACACCAUCGUCUCCUCGCUAUGAAGUGUAUAUUUCCUCAGUAUAUAUUGAAAACCUUAUUGAAUGAAGACGAAUUAGUGCAGUUAGAUCCAGAAGGAAGUUUCAUGAAGGGCGUUGUGGACAAUUCUCUCAAAGAAGGUUUUGUGAAUAGAAUUAAUGAAGGAAUUCCCGAGUUCGUUCAUAAGACUUUCGCCGAAUUUUUCGCAGCUCACUAUCUCCUGGAGAAGGCAAAGAUAAGGACAAAAUCGAGCUAUUGGGAAAAAGUAGUACAACUAUAUGGUAAAGAUGACUACGAGGGUGUAAUGCUGUUGUUCGAUGGACUGGCGUCGGAGUCCCGUCCACUUCACUCUGCUGUGAUAAACAACGACGCUUCAUAUUUUAAGCAACAUGAUAUCCAAAGAGAGGACAUGCUCGUUGUCGAUGGGCUCGAAAGGACACCAUGGCACGUAGCAGCCCUGCAUUCUGAUAAAGCAACAUUGAAUAGGCUUCCAAUGGAUGAUGAACUAAUCAAGAAUGAUUCAUUGGAUAUGUCACCGUUGGGCUGCAACCGGCAACGGUUCCAUGAACCUUACAGUGGCCCAUUCGACUCUUGGAAGGUCAAAAACAACAGCCGCUCCGCUCCACAGGAGCAGCGGAAUCUGGCACUGGAGGAAGCAGUGCUGCUGGUGACUCCGAGAUACCACAAAACGGGCAGUGAUCCGUGCGACAAAUAUGGAAGCGGUGUAAACGUUCACGAAGCGGGAGGACACCAUGAGCCAGCUUCCACUGGAGACUCGCUCGACGAGCGUCCAACCAAUCAGCCGUGA